AUGCGCUACACAACUAGAAUUCUGGACCAGACUACUGGUCCACACAAAGCGUACAAGUACACAUACAUGCCUGACCCGCGCAAGCUCGCCCCUAUAGAAACAUCAAUGCGCUCCGAAGUACUGCCCGUUGUGAUUCGGCCACCAACGUCGUAUGUGCCAAACCAUGAGGUGUUUUUGGAAAAGGCUGAUGUCCAUCGUUUAGCCCCAACAAGCGAUUUCAAAGCAACAUUCAAAGAUUGGAAUGACUUGAUGACGUGUAGCAAACGCGAGCUCCGCACACGCGGUGUUCCACUUCUUACGCGCCGUGCUAUCCGUGCUGCAGUUCUGGCUUUUCAAAACGGUAAUCCCCCUGAGCGCUUUGAUACGAAGGAGGAAUGGCUAUAUUAUAAACAAUUCAAAACGAAAGACUAUAGCUAUCGCAUAGUGCCGGAGUUACCAGAGAAGUACCGCCCUCAUCAGAACGGCAUCGAUCAGGCCCCUGUUCCUAACUAUAACGAAAUCAAUCAGAUGCCGGAAUGGGCUGUGAAAGAAGAAAAACGACUUGCUGAGAAAAGCGGCGCAGCACGCAAAUAG